GGCUUGGCAAUUCAACCCAAAUCCAUCCCCAUCACGGCACUGUCGUCCAAAACCCCAGCGGGCGGCCACGGCCAUUUCUGCUCUCCCUUCCCUCCAUUCGCCGGCGGUGCCGAUGCACCGCGUGGCUCGCUUCCCGCUGUUGCCGACUCUACUACUGGCAGUCGCCUCCGCGCUGGUUCCGGUCACCGUCGCUGACCCGCAGGCUAAAGUGCUCAACCUCGGCUGCAGCCAGUACAACGCCACGCCCACGGCCGGCUUCCUCGCCGCCCUCAACUCCACCUUCGCCGAACUCCGCGCCAAUCUCUCCGCCGGGGGCGGUUUCGCCACCGCCGCGCAGCCGCGCGCCGCCGCGCCGGCGUUCGCGUUGGCGCAGUGCCGCCCGUACGUCACCGGGAGGGACUGCGUCGCCUGCUUCGACGCCGCCGCGGCGCGCAUACGUUCCUGCGGCGCCGCCAACGGCGGCCGCGUCAUCCUGGACGGUUGCGUCAUACGGUACGAGAGCGCGGCUUUCUUCGACCAAACCACCCUACCUGGCAACACUCAGCUCUGCGACGGCUCCGCCGUUGCCGGUGGCGACUUCGGCAGCGCGGUGCGAGCGCUGGUCGGCGACCUCACCGCCGCUGUGCCCCGCGUCCCGGGGCUCGCGGCAGCGGCCGCGGGCUCCGGCGUGUACGCUAUGGCGCAGUGCGUCGAGACGAUCGGGAUGGGCGGCUGUGCGCAGUGUUUGGAGGUGGCUUCUAAGAACAUUGACGCUUGUUCCCCCAAUUCCGACGGCCGCUCCGUGGAUGCCGGGUGCUUCAUGAGGUACUCUGAUAUGCGGUUCUUCCCGGCUAAUGCGACCGUAGAUCUGGCACCAUACUUGCGUUCUGGAAAAUCAAGCAGGAAGGGAGCCAUCAUAGGAGGAAUUUUGGGAGGUGUAGCCUUCAUGUUCCUGCUGGUGUUAUUAGCUUUGUUGUGGAUCUGGCGGUCUAGGAAGCUGCAGAAGCCUCAGAGAGGUGAUAUACUUGGAGUAACGGAACUACGAGGUCCAACAAGUUUUCACUAUAAAGAUCUUAAGGCUGCAACCAAUAAUUUCAGUGAGAAAAGUAAACUUGGAGAAGGAGGUUUUGGCGAUGUAUUUAAGGGUGUGCUGAAAAAUGGGAAAACUGUUGCAGUAAAAAGGUUGACAGUAGUACAAACUAGCAGGGCCAAAGCAGACUUUGAAAGUGAGGUGAAGUUGAUUAGCAAUGUUCAUCAUCGAAAUCUUGUCCGGCUUCUUGGUUGUUCUCGCAAGGGUUCCGAAUGCCUACUUGUUUAUGAAUAUAUGGCAAAUAGUAGCCUUGACAAGUUCCUCUUCGGUGAGAAACGUGGAACACUUAACUGGAAGCAGCGAUUUAACAUCAUUGUUGGCAUGGCUCGUGGCCUUGCAUAUCUUCAUCAAGAGUUCCAUGUGUGUAUCAUACACCGUGACAUUAAAUCAAGCAAUGUUCUUCUUGAUGACGACUUUCAGCCUAAGAUUGCUGAUUUUGGUUUGGCAAGGCUCCUACCUGAUGAUCAUAGUCAUCUCAGCACUAAAUUUGCUGGAACACUGGGUUACACCGCUCCUGAGUAUGCAAUCCAUGGCCAACUAUCAGAGAAGGUUGACACAUACAGCUUUGGCGUAGUCAUUUUGGAAAUACUAAGUGGACGGAAGAGCAAUGAUACAAGGCUGGAACCUGAAACACAAUAUCUACUUGAAUCGGUAUGGAAGCUAUAUGAAAAUGAGAACUUGAUUAGCUUGGUGGACGAGUCGUUAGAUCCUGAAGAAUAUAAGCCAGAAGAGGUAAAAAGAAUAAUAGAGAUAGCGCUUCUCUGCACUCAAUCAACCGUUGCAUCAAGGCCAACAAUGUCAGAGAUAGUCGUGUUGUUGUUAACAAAAAAUUCUCCCGAGUUGCAGCCCACAAGACCCACUUUUAUUGAUUCAACAAGUAGAGUGAGAGGUGAAACAUCCUCCUCCAGUUCGUCCUCUGCAUCCAAGGCCACUGUAUCUUUUACACAGUUUUCAGCCAGAGGUAGUUUAUGAUGGAGCCGUUGAUUUGUACAAGCCUCACCCAACACCUUCAGGACACCAUUGAAUUUGAUUACAAACUUCGGGAAAGAGGUGCACCACCUUGAACUUUGUCAGAAACAAUGGAACUAGGCAUACUAUGUUGGCUUCGCAUGGACUAUUAGCCUUUCCAUGGCAAACUUAUAGUUGUAUAUUUGAGAUUUCUCAGAUGGUUGGAGAUGAUUUGUCCUGCAGAAUGACUUCUGAAAUUCUUCGAUCUUGCCGCAUAGGAAAAAGAGAGCAGCAAGAAGAUUGGGACUGCAACCAGGCAUAGAGGUCUUUGGCACAUAGAUCGUGACAAGAUGGGGCAUGAUGCUAGUUCUGUGCUUGCUGCGAUUGUUGGAGGAAAGGAGAGUAUGGCUCUAGUUCAUCAUUGUCGAAUGGGCCACAUGGCGUUUGAUAAAAUGUUUCGAGUUUUUCCUGAUGCAAUGAAUGAAGUGGACAAAACCAAAUUAUGUUGUGAUGCCUGCGAAUAUGCUAGGCAUACGAGAACCUCUUAUGUUAGUAGAGGGAUCAGAAGUGUAUCCCCAUUUGUGUUAGUGCA